GAAUGUGUCGCGCUGUACUCGCUGGAAGCUCGUUCGGCCCCCAGAGACGAGACGCGGUCGCCAAAGGCGACUCGCAGCCCGCGAGCCAUGAACGAGAGCAAUGCCACAGGCGACCUCGAGGAGGUGCUUGCAUCUGUCGGUCUCGACAUGCGGGCCGGGACUUUCAUCAUGCUCAUGCUGGCCGUGGGGAUGACCACGCUGAUGCUUGGCAGCGCGAUUCUCAUCUGUGCUACAUGUGCCAGCCGGCGCCGGGCAGCCGAACAGCAAGUGACUCAGACGCAGUCAACCUCACAAUCGCCUGAGAUUGUGGGCAACACAGCAGCAGCCCUUGCAAAUGUACAAGUUUCUCUGCCCGAGGAGCGCCAGGGACUCACAACGCAGGAGCCGCAGCCCGUCUCGCUAAGGAGACGCCAGGUACAAGUACUGCUAGUGUUUUUGUGCACUUUUGCCCUCUGCCUCGUUGUUACCUUGAGCAGCCUUUCCAACGGAAGACUCACCAAAGAAACAGGCCUGCCGUGGGAGAGCUACCUGUUUCUGCUCAGCUCAGGGUGCGUCUGGCUGCUAGUGCCAGCGGCAGUCCUGGCAAAGACCUUGCCUACAGGACGGGGCUAUGGCAACACUGCCUUUCUGGAAGCGAUGCUGGGAGGGAUCAUGCCCUUCAUCGCAGAUUCUUUCGACACUCUGAAGGACACAAUGUUUGGAGUCCUGAAUGGUGGGAUCGUGGCGAUGGGCGUCGUGAGCCUGCUCUACCUCCCUGCCUUCCAUUUCGUGCUGAUGCUCAUGCCGAACUACCUGAUGGAUCUGGCUUCCAGUCACGUGUCAGCAUUCUGUAUCGCCACCCUUGACGUCACCCCCUCAGCCCAAUCCGUCAGUCUUACACCGCGUGAGCAACUGCUUGCGCUGCUUGCGAAGCAGCUGUCCCCAACCAAGAGGUACCGCCUCCUUGUGGAAAAUCUGCCGCAGGCAGUGCUGGCGGUGAUUUAUUUACUGGUGGAAGGCGGAUCGAUCUUAGUGGGAGUCCUGAACGUGGCGAUUCCCUUCGCCCAAGUCUUCACCUCGAUUUGUCUGUAUCCACGGGUCCAGAAGGGCCUCGGUCGCUGGUAUGCGAAGCGCUUUGAUGCAGCAGUGGCGGACGGCGACGAAGUUGUGGCACGGCGUCUUUGGGCUGAGAUGUCGCAGGAGUUCAUGAAACACGUGCUCCCGCACAGCAGGCAGCUCGGGCCAUGGUAUGCAAGUCGCUUUGAUGCAGCUGUUUCUUCGGCAACGGUGCGGGACGAGCUGGACGGUGACACGCUCGAGCUGUGUUCUUUUGAUGGCGAGCUGUAUCUUGAACGCAAAGCCCUCGGGGGCAAACCGGAGCUGGUGAAGGCCCUCCUGGACUUUGCAUCUGCCGCUCCCUGGGUUCAACUUGUGAGCCUCCGUGCCUGCGGUCUGACGUCGGAAGAUGCCCGCCUGGUGGCCUCGUGGAUGACAGCUGCCGGGCACGUGCGUGUGCUGGUUUUGGACAGAAACCGCAUCGACGACCGCGGCGCGGAGGCGCUGGCGGCGGCACUGCCUCGCUGCAACCUUGAAGGGCUUGAGAGUUAUGGCAACGAGCUCACGGCAUUGGGCGGCCGCCUGCUGAUCCGUGCCGGCCGACGCCAGCAAGAGAUUCUGCCUGCAGCCUUUGCUGGAACAUUCGAAGGAGAGAGUCUGUUGCUUGAUAAGGAUGCCAUUGAUGACUUUAAAACACAGAUGAUCGCGGAGGCUUUCGCCGUGCACGGCUAUCCGCAGGUCAAAUUCCUGGCCCUGCGCAUGGAUCGCAUCGGGGACCAGGCCGCGCAGGCUCUUGCGGAGAUGCUGACGGGAAGCGAAGCACUCUGUGAGUUCCGCAUCUCAGGAAAAGCCAUCAGCGAGGAGGCUCGCUCGGCAUUGCUGCAGGCCUGCCAGCAGAGGGGCAUUGAGGCGAACAUCUCUGCGCAGGAAGUUUCCAGCUCUCCCGAGGAGGAAGCACCACCUGCUAGAGCCAAGGACACGGAGUAG